GCCGCCUCCCCGGCCGCGCUUCCGGACGCGCCUGCGCACACGGAGCGGCCGCGACCUGCCCGGCGGAGCCCGCCGUGUCCCGCGUGUGUCCCUCGGCCGUGUCCUGCACGUGUCCCUCCGUCCUCGCCAUGUUCACCUGUGCAAAGUUCGUCUCCACUCCUGCGCUUGUGUGGAGGAGCUCGCGGGUGCUGGGCCAGCCCCUGUCGGCCGCAGCGCUGAGCAGCCCCGAGGCCCGGCCGGAGCAGGUGUGGCCGGGAGCCGCCCGGGCCCUGCGGACGAGCGCUGCCCAGCGGGACAUCGACACGGCCGCCAAGUUCAUCGGUGCCGGCGCUGCCACCGUGGGGGUGGCCGGCUCUGGGGCCGGCAUCGGCACCGUGUUUGGGAGCCUCAUCAUCGGCUACGCCAGGAACCCCUCGCUCAAGCAGCAGCUCUUCUCCUACGCCAUCCUGGGCUUCGCCCUCUCUGAGGCCAUGGGGCUCUUCUGCCUCAUGGUGGCCUUCCUCAUCCUCUUCGCCAUGUGAGGAGCGGGCGGCGGUGACAGCGGCGGUGACAGUGACGGAGCUGUGCCUGGGGCUGGUGGCCCCGUGCCCAGCCGGGAAUACCGGGGGCAGGGAAUAAAGACGGUUUUGUGACAGUCUGA